CCCCCCCCCUCCAGCCGCCACCACCGACAGCACUGCAGAAGGUCAGAGCGAGUAGAGGAGAGGAGAGGAGAGGAGAGGCAGACGCCAGAGAGAGAGAGAGAGAGAGAGAGAUGGUGUGCUGCUGAUUCUGACUGAAAGGCGGAUCAGACAGAAGGAAGACAAGAACAGGAGGAGAGUGAAAAGACGAGAGAGAGAGAUAGAGAGAGAGAGAGAGAGAGAGAGAGAGAGAGAGAGAGAGAGAGAGAGAGAGGAGAGAGAGAGAGAGAGAGAGAGAGAGAGAGAGAGAGAGAGAGAGAGAGAGAGAGAGAGAGAGAGAGGGAGAUAGGGUUUUGGUUCGCUGGACCCACAAGAACAUGCAGAGAGGAGAGAGAGAGGACCAGGGAUGACAGCCAUGCUCAGCCCAAAGAUAAGGCAGAGCAGGAGAGCAGCCAGGUCGAAAAGCAUGGUGAUGGGCGAGGUGUCGCGGGCCACCGGCCGGCCUGCUUCCCCCAGCCUCCAAGAGGGGGCGCUGAAGGCCGGCUGGCUGAAAAAGCAGCGCAGCAUCAUGAAAAACUGGCAGCUCCGCUGGUUUGUGCUGCGCUCGGACCAACUCUACUUCUACAAGGACGAAGAGGAGACUAAACCACAGGGCUCCAUACCUCUCCAAGGCUGCCUGGUGAACGAGCUCUCGGCCAAUCCGGACGAACCAGGAAGACAUGUUUUUGAAAUUGUACCAGGUGGACCAGGGGACAAGGACAGGGCAGCCAUGAGUCAUGAGGCCUUCUUGUUGAUGGCCAACUCCCAGAGUGAUAUGGACGACUGGGUCCGGGCCAUCCGCAGGGUCAUUUGGGCUCCUUUCGGAGGAGGGAUCUUCGGCCAGCGUCUAGAGGACACGGUGCAGUACGAGAAGAAGUUUGGCCCGCGGCUGGCCCCCCUGCUGGUGGAGCAGUGUGUGGACUUCCUGCGGGAGCGUGGCCUGGACGAGGAGGGCCUCUUCCGCAUGCCGGGACAGGCCAACCUGGUGAAGGAGCUCCAGGAGUCCUUCGACUGCGGGGACAAGCCCCUGUUCGACAGUAACACAGACACCCACACGGUGGCGUCUCUGCUGAAGCUGUACCUCAGAGAGCUGCCGGAACCCGUCGUCCCCUUCGCCAAGUACGAUGACUUCCUCUCCUGCGCUCAUCUGCUCGCCAAAGACGAGGAGGAGGGGGUCCAGGAGCUGGAAAAACAAGUGAACUCUCUACCUCUGCCCAAUUACAAUCUCCUAAAGUACAUAUGCAAGUUUCUCGACGAGGUCCAGUCCCAUUGUAGCGAAAACAAAAUGAGCGUCCAGAACUUAGCCACGGUGUUUGGGCCAAACAUGCUGCGACCCAAGAUGGAGGACCCUGUGGCCAUCAUGGAAGGCACUUCCCUUGUCCAGCACCUGAUGACCAUCCUCAUCAGGGACCACAACCGCCUGUACUCAGGGAGGGACCAGGAGGGGCCGACCGCUCCCCAGUCAGAGCUCACCGUCCCUGGGCAGCAGCUGCAGCACCGCAGCCUGGGGGCCUGGAUCUCCGAGGAGGACCUCCAGAGCUGCCCUCUCUCCAACGCCACCGGCGACGUCGACCUGGAAAGCAGCGCCUCCUCGCUGGACGCCAAACUGUGCGCCGCCGUCACUCCCCCUCACCAGACGCCCAACCCCAACCCCGCUCCCAGACUGGGCCCUGCUUCCACAGGGAAGGGAGGAGGAGGCGGAGGAGGAGGAGGAGAGACGGUGAUCAGCCCCAGCAAACAGGCCAAGACGCUGCCUUCCUGGAAAUACACCUUCAAGAGCUCCUCCUCCACGCCGCGCGGCCAGCCCCAGGCCAAGCAGAGCGGCGCGGGCUCCACCACCGACACCGCCAGCUUGUCUUCCGGCAGCGGUGGAGGCGGCGGCGGUGGUGGUGGUGGUGGUGGUGGUGGCGGAGGCAGCAGCGGUAACUGGCUGAUGAACGGUUUGUCCUCUCUGAGGGGUCAUCGGCGCACCUCCUCCGGGGAGCGCUCGGCGCGCGACCGCGACUCCACGGGCUCCUCCCAGCGGCUCUCCACCUACGACAACGUCACCUCCUCGUCCAGCAUGGGGAGCGUGCCCAGCGUGGCCAGCACGCCCUGGUCCACCUCCUCCUGCGAGAUCUCCGGCCCGGACUCGGCCAGCAGCGAGCCCUCGUCCAACCACAACUCGGGCAGCAGCUCCGGAGCCGGAGCGGAGUCGGACAGCCAGAAGGAGGAGGACCGGGGAGGGGACGGGGGGACGGGGGCUGAGCGGAGAGGCUCCGCCGACCAGGAGGACAGCUGUGAGGCCAUGGAGGUGUGUGGGAACAGCGCCGCCUGCAGCGAGAACGGGAACGGCGUUGUGGCGAGCGUUGUCAUUCCGUCCAUUUACACGUCGGAGGACGGGGACGGGGACGCCCCGUCGCUGGGCAGCCUGGUGGAGGGUCUCCGGGACGAGCUCAGGAGCCAGAAAGGAGCCUAUGAAGUCCGGAUCAAAAAGCUGGAGGAGUCUAGUGCGGCUCUGUGCACCCACAUGGAGCGGCUGGAGCAGGAGAUGGAGCAGGAGAGGAAGAAGCAGCGCAUGCUGGAGAUCAAGCUACGCAACUCUGAGAGGGCACGCGAGGACGCUGAGAACCGAAACAAACUCCUGGAGAAGGAGAUGGAAGACUUCUUCUCCACUCUGGGUGAUCUCGCCCUUGGGGCAAGAACGAGCGAUAUAUAACACGUGGAGCCACCAUCGCUGGGGUUUUACACACAUUAAACAACCUGCUGACUUCUGGGGUUCAAUUCCAGCGGGUUCUCGGAUCCAUCAACUCCAUCCAAUCAGGACACGUCUUCCAGAAACAUGGAACACGUCAUUGUUUUGUUGGGAAUUUCCCGGUUUGGAGUUAGAGGAACUGGAUUUUUGAUUGGGAUUGGAAGAUGAUGAAAUGUAAAAAAUAUAUAAAUAGUAGGAUGGACACUAGCUACUACUUGGCAGAGAAUUAUAAAAUCCCUGUUGUGGAGAGUGAAGUGCUGCUUAAACCCCUUGACCAAACCAAGGAGACCACAAACUUUGUGCGUUCCAUUUAUCACACAUGGAUCCGAUUUUAUACGCAAGUCAGGUUCUUGUAUGUAUCCGUUGAGAGAGGGGGAAUGGAAUGGAUUAUGUGAAGUAAAUAUUAAGAUCCAGUGAAUGAAAUCCCAUUGUUGAAUGCAAGCUAAUGCUUAAUCAUCUAAGCAAAGCUGUACAAUGCCAGCCAUCGUAGAAGUAUUCCCUGAAAGUAGCUUAUGGCCUACUACUGAAGACAACCUCCUUUCAUUAGAACGAUCACUAACAAUGAUAUUCUCCUUUGGAUCAUCUACCCAACAGAUCUUUAUUAUGGUAACAAGGACCAAGCCUGUAUGGAAGGGUAACCUAAACAAGGGGUUGUCAAUGGUGCACAGUACUUAACCAUAAGAGAAACAAGAGCUUGAGAACUCUUCUGCUUCGAGCAGAAAAGUGCCAUUGAUUUAGCAAAACUGCAGUAAAAAGGGAAUUGUUCUACGAUGGUUAAUUCUGGAUUGCUGGUUGAUCUCAGGCCACUUGUGUGCCUAGCUAACGAAUCAUUGGACGUAGCUAGCUGCGUCCAAUGUUGAUAUCCCAUGCCCCUCUGUCAACAAAAACCGACAAAAAGUAUUUGGUUUACACCAAUACUUGCAACGUGUGACGUGCGACUUUAAGCAUUUACAAUUUAGCCUAUGCUGCCGUAAAAGCCAGGACAUGCAGAAACGAUAUGAAGGUUGCUUGAAAUCCAUACCAAAGCCCCCAAAAGCUAAGACUUAUACUCUGGUGUUUGCUAACCUGUAUGACCUGUACAACCAGACUGGUAGCCAUGUUGGUCUUGACACAGGAAGCUGACCACUGCCAUCACAGUUAACGAUAGCAUUUCCUGGUUGUGCCUUCAGGGAAGUGUUAUUAAACAUAUAAAAAAGUGUGCUGCCUUCUAUUGCAGAUUGGUAAUUUAAACAGAAAGACAUACAAUGAAAUACCUUCAAUUGACCUGGAUUGUGUCAUUUAUUGUGAAGCUGAUUUUGUGUACUGAAUAGACUGAAUUUUGAAUUGAGAAUGUACUCUUCGUAGUGAAUGUACUGUGUUGUGAAUGAAACCAACGGAACCAUUAUUUUAAAAUAGCUAGAAAACAGAAUAUCACUGUAGUUGCCCACAAUGUAUCAACCUUAGGGUUGAUAUCAGUUUGUACCACUUCACAAUGUCUUUGAUAUAGGAAUCCAAUCACUAGCCAACAAGACAAGUAGCUUUAAUUCCCUACUUAUCAACCUCAAAUACGAAAACAUGCAACAAAUAUAUGAUAGACAUUUGUCAUUCAAAAGACUUAGGUUCACGCAGUCAUGUGUUGUAAGCAUUGCAUGUGGUUAAAUUGUUGUCUUUUUAAACUAAGGUGCAGAUAGCAGCACUCAUUUCCUAAGGAGCGCACUGUUACCAGUAUGAAAUAAAAGUGAAAAUGUGCUUUGGUUGGGAAAGAAAAGGUAAUAAUUUUACUUUUCUUAUUUUAAUAUAUUUUGUACAGAAGAACAUAGUAAAUGUUAUUCAAUGGCCCUCGUUAUGAGUAAAUGUUUGCAAGUGAGGAUAUCAGAGUUUUCACCGUACGUUUUUUUUAAUUUUUAUGAACUGACAACUUAAGUUUACGGGCCUCUAUUUUACCACUAUGAUAUGUGGGUCGACAGGCCUCUUUGUGAUGAAUAUAGGGGGGUAUUUGAAAUGGCGUUUCAGCAUCACACCUGGUGGUAAAAUGGGGGCCCUUUAAGCAAAAUGUGCUGGACUGAAGACUUAACUAUGUCUCCACAGAGCAGUUAUGGUGCUUAUUUAUUAUAAAUCAACUCUAUUGUAAUGAAUGAAUAAUCUAUGAAUAAAUGAAAAAAUUGAUACUGAAAAGACUUCAGUGGGAAUGCAACAAACAAACCAAAGUAUUGUGUCAUUUGGAUCUCAUUUUAAGUGCCACAUUACGAUCGAAGUACACAUUUUUUUGGCUUAUAAAAUGGUCUUCAACGUAAAUGAAGAACACGGAAACACCCGAGUGAUUCAAAGUGUAUUUUACUUUAUUUGCAGUACAUGUUUUUUUUGUUGGUUGUUUUUUUUCUGAGUUGGCAUCGUCCGAUCCCAGGGCAUGUAUUCUAGUAGUGCACUUAAUCGUUGUUUGCGCUUCUCUGGGGUCACGCAAAACACCAACAACUCUUAAUCUACUUGCAUGGCUGGAUUCACUAGCAAACAUUACAAACCAGCACCAUACAUAUAACGAGUUUUUACAAUUUUUUUUAGGCAUUGAAACUUUUAUCCUGUUUUGUUUAUUAACAUUAUUUUCGUCUUACCACACAACCAAAUCAAGAUCUUCUGGCCAUGAUGAACAUGAAGAAAUCUCGUUUACUUUUCUUUUUUUGUAUUUUCGAUCUCUGGCCGGAUCUGAUUGGUCGGUAAGACUAAUUACAGAACAAUAUGAUUAUAAACAAGUCACAGCAAAAAAAACGAAAAUAAAAAAAUGUAGUCUUAAAAAAGGGGAAACGUGUCGACAGUACCAAACAUUUUCUCUACCUUCAGGAGACAGCUAA